ACUGACUACAGCUGGAAGUCCUCUGCACAUACAGCUAAUAAACACAGAGAAACAACAAGGCUGUUAAGGCAUCAUGCAGUGUUCUCUGUGCAAGCUGCGUACCCACCAGUGGUGUUUCCUCCUCUUCAACGUUCUACUCUUCCAUGCCCUGUUGUUUGGGGCAGACUUUGUCGAGGAGUACCUCCUGCAGCCCACGCCUGGGGUCUACACUGAUGGCAUAGUUGUUGAUGUAAGAGAGAAAGCAAGGAAACUAGACCUGAGCAAUGCCAGGGAGAACAUGUCUCAGGCCUACCGCAUCGCUAACCCGGAUGCCUGCAGAAACUCUGACCUCUUCCUCCUCACUCUAGUCUUCAGCUCCACAGCUAAUAUCACCCAAAGAGAUGCAGUCAGGAGGACUUGGGCCAACCAAACACUCGUCCAAGGCUUCCCAGUGCGGAUCCUGUUCUUCUUAGGAUCAUCUCAGACUUCUGCUGGACAAAAGGCCCUCAUGAGAGAGUUUGACCGCCAUGGGGACAUGGUCCAGGGUCAUGCUGUGCCUUACUCGUCCCUCCGUGGCCCAACAGAAAGGACAGUGCUGGCCCUCCGCUGGGUGAUCACCUUCUGUCCUGUGGCACGCUUUGUUCUGCUGACCAAGGACUCUGUGUUUGUCAACCUCCCUGCCAUCGGAGGUUACCUACUCGGGCUGCACAGACACCCAGAGGACUUAUAUCUAGGUAGGGUGAUCCAGAGAGACUCCCCUGACAGGAACCCCAACAGUCCUGGAUACCUGCUUCCAGCGCUUUACCCUGACAAGUACCUGCCUGAAUACUGUGACGGGACAACUUAUGUUAUAUCCCAGGAUGUGGUCCGAAAAGUGUAUGUAGCAUCUGCAGCAGUCCGCGCACCUGUGCCAGCUGAUGUUUUUGUGGGCAUUUGUGCGAAGAAGGCUGGUGUGGCACCAACCCACAGUGCCAGGUUCUCAGGAGAGAAACAUAUCCGCUACAACGCCUGCUGUUACCGCUAUCUGUUCAGCUCAGCAGGAAUGGGAAGUCACGAAUUAGAUAUAGUGUGGGCAGACCUGGGACAGAAGGAUGGAAGAUGCUCAUUGUUACACACCUACUAUGGCGUGGUAACCUGCAAGGUCCUCACAUACCUGGAAAAACUGUCCUUCUUCAAAUCCCAGGGUCAAGCUGAAUCACAUGGUUAAUUGACGGAGUGUGUGGUUAGUUCAUGUGUGUGCUUGGGAGUGAAAGAGAAACCGAGACUGCCGGGAAGUGGGGUUGAAAGAGUGUGUAAAUAAGUUUGUUUUCCUUGUGCACAUGCGUGAACCAGUGUUUGCGUUUGCCUGUCAAUAUAGUUGAUAGAUAAAUCUGUGUUAAUUUCUUUGUACGACAGCUAAGAUCACUAUAAUGACUAAAGGAAACAUUCAUCCUGGAACACUGUAAUAUACUGUAUAUCCACAUUGCCAGAUUUAUGUAAAUAAAAGUUCUGUGCAAAUGUGACUUCUAACAGGACAGGAGCUCCAAUAGAGAAAGCAUUAAUUCUUUUUUCCUCGAGUGAAUAUUACAUCAGAUUGGCUACGUAAAUAAAAUUCAGUUGUUAUGUUUAUUUCCAAGCAGACAACAUUGUCAUUUUCUAAGGUCUAAACUGGGGGGCACAGAGCCAUUGCAGAGGGGAUGGACAUGCCCAGAGAGAUAAAAAUGUUACACACUGUCAUGGCUUACUGGGACAGCUGAAUGGAACAGAGCCCUUGUUAAUGUUAUUAGUAGCGCUUGUGUUUUUCCUACCAUGACACGUCAAAUUGUCUGCUGUGAAUGGGCCUGUUAUGUGAGUUCACCAUACUUAUAAUGUGAUAAUAAAAUGGUAGGCAUGGCACACUGGAAUUACUAAUGUUAUUAAUUACACCUGCACUUUUCCUGUUAAUGACAAGACAAAUAAUG